AUGCUCGUCCAACCCCCGCUGGGCCAACUAUCUUACGUUUGUAUCUACAAUCCAGCUCUCGAUCCAAAUGAAAAAUGUUUGGCCGACCAAAUUGUCUUUUUUCACGGAGGCCCUGAUGACGAUGUUUCCCCAGUCCCAAUAGAACAACAGCUUCGUUUUAUGGGUCUGGCUCAAGGUGUUGUAGAGUUUUCAAAAGGCUUUGCACAAAAUCAACCAGUCUCUGGUAUGGAAACCGGCAAAUCUCGCAUAGUUUUAAAGAAAAUUGAAGAGCCUUCUUGGUGGAUUGUGGCCUGCGUCGCUUUCCCAAAAGUUCAAUCAAGAUACUCUCCUAAUGGCCAGCACUCUUCCCGUGACAUUUCUUCUUCCGAAAUUCUCAUUGCUGACCUCGUAAAAGCUUAUCGUCGUUGGCGUCUUCACAAUGGCACAUUCCAAGACUACCUCGAAACUUACAGCCGUCAGGCCUUAGUCGAGCAUCUCGCACCCUGGUGGCGCCCAUGGGCUCUUAAUUGGAUUGUAAAUAUUCAUGGUGCAGGCUUUUGUAAUCUUUUUUAUGAUAUCAGAAUGGGGCGUGGUAACCUUUCUCAUGAAACUGUUGAAGCGAUUAAUGCAGCAAUUCUUGAUAAAGACUCAGAUAAAGGCCUUGUCCACGUUCUUGUAACAAACCAUCCUCAAUCCUUACCAUUUGACUACACAUCCGCCCUGGGGGCGACAAAUGUUGAAAAUUGUGGUUGUGUUUGGGCUGCAACUCCACCAGGUUCUCAGCACCUAUCUCAUGAAUCGUUAGCUGAUAUAGUAUCCUGGGUUAUUGACUGCGAAAGCUACAUGGACGAUUCAGCUUUUCUUGAACCAAGUGGUUACAUUUAUCACUUAGAUAGACGCGUUAGACGCGAAUCAGCAAUUUCUGUCAUGUCAUCAGAAUCAAACCCUCCAAUUUCUCUAACAAGAUCUUCAACAUUAGAUAUUGCAGGACCUCGAGGCCAACCUCCAGCUCCAGCCCCAACUCCAACUCCAGCUCCAGCCCCAACUCCAGCUCCGGCCUCAGCAUCAACUCAAGACUCCACACCAGUCCCGGAAUCAUCCUCAGAAUCCAGUUCUUUGCUUAGAGCUCCCGCAGCCUUAUUAUCAGCUUUACCGCAUGCUGCUGCCAACACUAUGAAUACAGUUGCCAAAGGCUCUAUGGAUGGCCUUAGCAACCUCAUGUACUACUCUACGUUUGGAUUUCUUAAUGUCAAUCGAACAGCUUCUCCUGAACAACCUGCCGAAGAAGGACCUACAGACGAUAUUAACGACUCUCGAUUUCUUGUUGGCUUUGAAGGAGUAUUAGACGAAGACAAGCAAACAGAGCCUACAACAUUACCCGAAUUACAGCCCCAAUCUCCACCCCCAGACGCUACACAGUUUUCUUACAAACGACUACUCUUAUCGUCAAAGGAUGCCCCAGGAAACUUUGAGCCUUUUAAUAUUGUAAUUUUCCGACGGAGACCGUUUGUAUUUACUUUGGUUUUCCGCCCACAAUCUAGUGUUCUUUCUGAUAAGGAUUAUUAUCUCUCACUCUACAAACGGCUCGCAUCACUCACCGAACCCAUAUAUACAGAUUUGUAUGCAGCACACCAUCACAAGAAACACCACCAUCACCAUCACCACCACAACCAUAGAGCAACGACACCCCCGGGCCCUCCUCUUGAUGAAGACCCAAAUAUACUUUCUUAUGCACCCCCAAUCCCAGCAGCAGCUGUGGCAGCAACUCCAGAUGUUCCGACAGCGGUUUCACCUACUGACAAGACAUUGUUAUCUUUUAAGAAGAAAAAGUUUUAUUAUUUGGUUCACGAUCCAGCUCAACACGUUGUGCAAUAUUCUCUUCCGGAAAUUGUAUCAUACCAGACUCUUUUUGCGCUGGCGCAGUACCUGAAGAACUGUGAAGACGACCCAGAAUUCCAAACAGCCCUGUUUAAACGUGACGAAUUAAUUCAUGUACAUCAGGCCAUGGCUCACAUUGCGCUGCCACGGCACAAGGACGAGACUGAAAAGUUUGUACGGACUGCUAAAGGCUGGUGGAUUUACUGGUCAAAACUUCCGGAUGAGCGCCAGGUCAUUGUUGCGCGUAAAUGGAACAAGCCGGGGAAGCCCCCAGCAGACCCCAUCAACGGCCUUUUAAGUGCUCUUGGCCAUGACGGAACAUCAUGGUUAAAUGAAUACAAGUCUUCUGGAAGAGUGUAA